AUGAACCGAAAGCAAAUGUUGAAACGAAAAAAGUCAGUGGAGAAUCUAGACUGUGUAAAGGUGGAUUUCUCCAAACAGAACUUUGAACAGCAGACAUUCUCAGACACCAUCAGCUCACUGACCGAGGAGUUCCUCUAUGACGUCAGCACCAUCAAACCGGAAGUGAUUCUGGCGGACCACAUACAGGAGAGCCAGUACCUGAUGCAUACACGGGGAGCGUUGCGCUCUCUUGGAUAUACUGGACAUUUCAGCAGUCUGCAGGACGGGCGGGGGUUGGGGGUGUUUGUGAGAAAAGACAUCGCAGAUAAUUUACCGAUUGCCCCUGGGACAGUUUAUCAGUCCUAUCUAGCUACAUCCUAAAUAUUAUUUUCACAGCAAUCUAUUUACGGAUUUAUAAUCUGUGUUGACCAGUGUCACCCCGGUUUCCGCGUGGACAUGUUGAACUAUUCUCUCAUUAGGAGAAUGUGUCACGUGAUUAUUCUCGGGAGGUUUGGUUGGAGGGAGUGUUCGAUUCAUUACAUCAUUAGUUACCUUGAAGUAACCUGUUGCUGAAGUGAAGUGCAUUGAUAGUUGUGAAUGAACCUGUGUUUAUAAGAUACUGUGGGAUUGGACUUAUGUCAUGACUUCGGUUAAUACCGCAGAUUCUUAAUAAGACACGAGUAUUUAAUUUCUGUGUUAAGUCGCGAAACGCAAUCCUCGCGACUUUUUAAAAUGUCUGGAAUCUUAUUUUUUUUUUUUUUUUAGAAUUUUGAAUUUUAGGAAAUUAUAACAGUAAAAUGGUGCUUGCAACUUUAUAACCUCGAUACUUGAUACAAAAUAGUGGAAUCGCGAAAUUAAGUAAUCCGUUAUAUAUGGAAUUUGCAGCAUUAGGCGCUUCCUUGUAUCAACGACAGGGGUACAGCUAACACAUUUCUAUUACACUUCGUUUGUGGUUUCUAAUAUUUGUACAUUGAAGGGUGAUUUGAUUUCAAUGAAGCAGACACAUCUUAAAAGGAUGUUAUUGUUGUAUUCCAUGGCCACAUUUCUUU